GUACGUGUUCCUGAAUUGGUCCAUGUAUAAACUGCAUCGAUUAGUGUUUUUAAUUAAUAUGUCCAUUCUUCUUCUUCCUCCUUUUUUGAUAUAUUCUUUCAUUGCGUGCAUGGUUCGUGCAAUUACUAUCAACAAGUGUUAGUUUCGAACACUAGUAAAUGGAAAACGUAGUGUGUGCAGCACAGUGUGGAAUGGGGACAAAAAUCACGCUUCAGUUUCAAGAAAGGUAUAAUUUACAGCAUGGGAUGUCAAGGAGGUAUGGAGCUAUAUGUGUGGAGAGAGCGAGGAAACCAAGAACAACACAUUGCUUCUUCAAAUCGGAUUGUGGCCACCUCAAGAAAGAACGAGGUGUUAGAGUGACGUUAAAAGCCGAAACUGCUGAAUCUAAGGAACAGAUUCAUACAAGUUAUAAAGACCCAAUGCUUGCAAGUUAUGUACCAGUAUACGUGAUGCUCCCAUUGGGAGUCGUUACAAAUGACAAUGUCUUACAAGACAGUGCGGGACUAAAGAACCAACUCAAGGAGCUACAUGCAGCAGGGGUUGAUGGGGUUAUGGUUGAUGUCUGGUGGGGUAUAGUAGAAUCUAAAGGACCUCAACAGUAUGAUUGGUCUGCUUAUAGGACCUUGUUUAAAUUGGUUCAAGAUUGCAAAAUGAAGUUACAACCUAUAAUGUCAUUCCACCAAUGUGGGGGAAAUGUGGGAGAUUCUGUUUUCAUUCCACUUCCUAAAUGGGUACUUGAAAUUGGAGAAUUAGACCCAAAUAUCUUUUACACCAACAACAAAGGUAUCAGGAAUAAGGAAUGUAUAUCCCUCGGUGUAGACAACCAACCUCUGUUUCAUGGACGAACUCCCAUUGAGCUAUACACCGACUACAUGAGGAGCUUCAGAGAAAAUAUGAAAGAUUUUCUUGAAUCUGAGCUCAUGAUAGACAUUGAAGUAGGGCUUGGACCUGCAGGAGAACUUAGAUAUCCUUCUUACACACAAAAUCAGGGGUGGGUAUUCCCUGGUAUUGGACAAUUUCAAUGCUAUGACAAAUAUCUUAAAGAUGAUUUCAAAGAGGCUGCAACAAGGGAAGGUCAUCCUGAAUGGGAGCUGCCAGAUAAUGUUGGAGAAUUGAAUGAUGCACCUGAAUCUACAAAAUUUUUCAAGUCAAGGGGAACUUAUCUAACAAAGAAAGGGAAAUUUUUUCUAACAUGGUAUUCCAACAAAUUAUUGAUCCAUGGUGAUGAGAUCUUGGAUAAAGCUAACAGUGUAUUCCUUGGUUGCAAAGUGAAGUUAGCAGCAAAAAUUGCGGGAAUCCACUGGUUGUAUAAAUCAAAGAGCCAUGCAGCAGAGCUUACUUCAGGAUAUUACAACUUGAAUCGUAGAGAUGGAUAUAGACCCAUAGCAAGGAUGCUUUCCCGUCACAAAGCUGUUUUAAAUUUUACAUGUCUUGAGAUGAGAAACCAUGAGCAACCAAUUGAAGCCCGAAGUGGAGCCCAAGAACUUGUCCAGCAGGUCCUUAGUGGAUGCUGGAUGGAAAAACUAGAAGUUGCAGGGGAAAAUGCACUUGCAAGAUAUGACAGUGAAGCUUACAACCAAAUCCUUUUAAACGCUAGACCAAAUGGUAUUAGCAAAUGGGGCCCUCCAAAACUAAAAAUGUAUAGCAUGGCAUACCUCCGCUUGUCAGAUGAAUUACUACAACAAACAAACUUUGAUAUAUUCAAAGCCUUUGUGAGAAAGAUGCAUGCUAAUCUGGAUUAUUGUCCCGAGCCAGAGAGGUAUUAUCAUUUUAGGGUACCUAUGGAGCUGUCAAAGCCAAGGAUUCCACUGGAGGUUCUUCUUGAAGCAACCAAACCAGUGAAGCCUUAUGCAUGGAUCCCUGAUGAUAAUCACGGUACACUGGAUGAGAUAUAUGAUUGCGUAGUGGACGGGCUGGACUUUCCGGACUACUACUAGGUGAUUCAAAGCCAUCCAAGGGAACUUGAAACAUUCCAACAAAUUCACAAAAUUGUUCAAUUGCCUGUUAAUUCUACCAUGAGACAUUUCUAGAAAAGAUUUCAGGUUCUAUAACUUUUUAAGCUUAAAAUUACUUUUAAUUUAACAUUUUUCAGACAAUGUGUCCGUAUCUCGAGACUUGGAAUGACGAAUAAGAAGAAAAAACAGUUUAAAACUUCUA